AACUGUGAUAUUCAAGUGUAAUAUUGCCACACACUGUUGGAUGUUUGGGUGUCUGCCCCUAUGAGAUAGAAGGUCCCCCUCGGGGACUACACUCUCUUUCCUAGCAGGCCUUCAACAGAAGGCAGGCAAGGAGGUAGGGGUGGGUGUGUUCUGUGAUCUGCAAUUUGACAAAUCAAUUUGCAGCCUCCUCUGGCAGUUUGGUUUAAGUAAGCCUCCCCAGGCUGUGCUCCUGAUUUUAUAAACAUUCAGCUAGAUCCUGCCAGAGCCAGCACAGCACUGCCUGGCCCAGGGCCGCUGACUGUAUUCACCACUGAAUUUUUAAAAACAGAAGUACAGCCUAGCCAUGAACCCCACCAAAUUCAUGUCUGUUAUCAUGGUCGAUGUCUAACAUGGAACCCCUCCCAACAUCUGUCAUGUCUAAAUUCGGACACUGCAAUCAGAUAGCACAGUAUAUUCCCAUGCCUUUCACUGAAAUCACCUUUAUUUUUUUCUUCUGUUGCAUAGCAAUAUAAACAAAACACCACAGUCCACCACACUGCAUAUGUUGGUUUCAAGAAAAACCUGGGCGCUGUUUAUUCCUUGGUUUAUUGUUGUACGCUCAGCGUUUUCCUAUCAUUGUGCUAUACCGAGCAACUUGGUGUUAGCGACCGACAGGAAGCAGGACUGCUCAUUGUUGAAAGUCACAUGCCAUAUAUGGCUUGUCUGAAGUUUCUCUCCUUUCCUUCUUACCACUAUUCAUGCAGCUUUGGGGUUUCAGUCGGUGAUGUCUAGCAGGUGCUGUUGGGAAAGACUGUGUCCCGUGGGCUGGGGAGUAAAACAUAUUUGACCCUAUUGAAGCUUACACAGGUUGCCUCCUCCACUUUGUCAAAUUUAAUUCAAACAGCGACUUCAGAGCUACCACCCGUUCAGAAUACUGGUUUAGAAAAAUACCUGAAGAAAGUAUUCUUUGGAGUCCACCCAAAAGCUAGACCACUCCAGAAGGCAGACAGGAAUUUCCUUGGCCUUCUGGUAGGAUAGUCUUUGUUUCUGAUUUCUGUCUAGGGGGGGGAAGAUAGCAGUGGAGGCCAGCCUCCCCUAACGUGGACAAGAGGGGCCUAGCGUUGCUGGAGGGGGCAAGGAGUCUAUGACAGGGCCAGUGUAUGGAGGCUAGAGGUAUAGUGCCAGUAGUCGGGUAGACCUCGGACAGGUCCAGGCAGUAUGGCCAUUCAAAUCCAGGAACUCAAAGCCAGGAAGGUGGAUACUGGCAUCACACUGCCUGGGGUUGUUCUUGCCUGUAUUAUUUACUGACUAGGGGACCUUGGACAAGUUGUUCAACCUCUUUGAGCCUCAGUUUUCUUAUCUAUAAAAUAGACAUAAUUGAGUACCAACAUCCAUCUGUGAUUUUUGUGCAGAUAAAAUGAGUUACUAUAGGCAAAAUAGUAAGUAUAGUACGUGUGCAUAGGUAACACUCAAUAACGUAAGCUAUUAGCAGCAGUCAUAUUUAAGCAUUAGAAGUACAAGUAGAAACCAGAAUCCAAGAGGUUCAUAAAGGUAAAGAGAAGUGGCAGAUAGGUGGCCUAGGUCCAACCGACCAACUAAAAGGGCAAGAGUUUCAUAGCUUCCGAAAGGCACGGAGUCCAAAGGACAGAUGUCCUCCUCUGCAGUUACUCAGGAGACAUAUGCUGACGACCUAUUGUGUGCCCGGCACCCUGCCAAGUGCUUGGGCAUUCAAAAAUGAUUAAGACACGGUCCUUGACCUUGAGACGCUCAUGCCUCUAUGUUAGCGCUCCAUUUUCCCUUUCACUGUGGCUUAUUUCCUCUCUAGUGUCUUUGCUCCUCGAGGGCAGUGACUGUUUCUUGCUGGGAUCCUCCUUUGUCUCUCCGCACCUAGAAGAGGUUCAGCGGUCACUGGCAAAGCUCUGGCCAACAGGACUACGUUCACUGAUGGCAGCACAAGGGCUGCCUGUUUGUGCCCUGCUCUCCCUCUCUACUACCAAGGGGAAGGCUUUGAGAAGCGAUGGGAAAGCCUUUGGUGAUUGCCGCCCCUCUAACUUCAGUGUGUCUGCGAAUCAUUGGAAGAUCUUGUCCAAAUAUCCACUUUGCUCAGUAGGUCUGCAUCUCUAACAAGCCUCCCAGUGAUGCUGAUGCUGCUGGUCUAGGGAAUACGCUUUGGUUUAGAUGUGGCCUGAAGAGGUCAAAGACCUACUGGUGGCUCUCAUUUCUGAACGGGGCAGAGAGUACCCUUUGUUUUGGCUUCCUUAUGGCAUUUCUCUUAAAAGACUUUUUUUUUUUUUUUCACAUUAAGACUUGAUGGUUUCUAGAAUUACCCAGUGACCAUGUGUCCAUUGUUCGCUUCAUUUCACUGUGCAAUUCUAGAACAUGCAUGCAAUAUCCUUAUGUCUCCAACCAUGUGUGACAAAAAAGAACAUAACCUCCAUCCCCUACGUUAAUAUUGACCAUUAACAUCACAACAGGGCUGUUCUCCUGAAGUAAGUGAUGCUGUACUGACCACUGAGGCAAAUCACGUCACGGUUGCUAAAGAAUUCGAAGAAGGAAUUGAGGAAGAAGCAGCUGGCAGGGUCGGCCGUCAUCGGUUUUGGACUAUGGUUUCGGUUUGGAGGCACCAUGAAGGACUUCUCAUCAGAGGACAAGUCCCCGGAGUAUUUCUACAUGGGACUGUAUGUACUGGUUGGAGCAGGGGCCCUGAUGAUGGCCGUGGGCUUCUUCGGGUGCUGCGGAGCCAUGCGGGAGUCGCAGUGUGUGCUCGGAUCUUUCUUCACCUGCCUACUGGUGAUCUUUGCUGCUGAAGUAACCACUGGAGUAUUUGCUUUUAUAGGCAAGGGUGUAGCUAUACGGCAUGUUCAGACCAUGUAUGAAGAGGCUUAUAAUGAUUACCUGAAAGACAGGGAAAAGGGAAAUGGGACCCUCAUUACCUUCCACUCAACAUUUCAGUGCUGUGGAAAAGAAAGCUCUGAACAGGUCCAACCCACAUGCCCAAAGGAACUUCUAGGGCACAAGAAUUGCAUUGAUGAAAUUGAGGCCAUAAUCAGCAUUAAACUCCAGCUCAUCGGAAUCGUCGGCAUUGGAAUCGCAGGUCUCACGAUCUUUGGCAUGAUAUUCAGCAUGGUCCUUUGCUGUGCAAUCCGAAACUCACGAGAUGUGAUAUGAAGCUACUUCGACAUGAAAACUGCAAUCGAGAGCUUUCAUACAGCUGUCACAGGACCUGGCUCCUGGCUCAUUUUUAAUACUCAAAGGACAUUAGGAUCUUAAAAUAAUUUGCUGUCAAUUGUACAUUUGCACAUGUAUGUAUGUUUGGCUCAUUCCUCGUUUACCCCUUGAGUGAAUGCUCUGUGUGUUGACUGACAGCAUAUUCAUGUGUGAUCUGUGUGUUUCUGGAAUACGCAUCAUACAGAAUGAAAUCUGUUGGCUGAAAAUUCCUGGUUCUUGUUAUGUUAGAAUAACAAUCUAUUUAACUCUCAGAAAAAAAGAUCAUAAAACUUUGAUACACUUUAAAAAACUUGGCUAUUCAGAAGAAGUGAUAAUGGGUCAUUCUCUCAGAUUCUAGCCAUAGAAAGUUAGAUACAGAGAAUUCAGGGAUUUCUAGUUAACAGAAGCAGUAAGUUAUGGGAAUUGAGAGAUCGUGGCGAGGUGCUGAAAUUGCCUGCCUCUGAGUUGGGUGUCAGGGUUUCCUGGGAUUUUUUUAUAUACAUACUCUCCCCAGAACACAGUAAGCCACAGUUUUAGAACUAAACACAUCUGUAAAACUAAAUAUAGCAUGGAAAAUCUUAUUUGAAUAACUCAUACUUUCCUAGUAUUUAAAAACAAAAAACUCCCUCUGGAAAGAGUGGUCACACAGACAAUCAUGUGCCCUAUAAAAGUGAGUGUUUUUAGGACUUCAAAAAAAAAAAAACCUUUUAAUAACUUUUUGAAGACAUUUUUUUUCUUAUGUAAGUACAUUUAAACAUUGCUUUAUUACUUACUUUCCUUUUCUGACUCUGCUCUGAACUACAGCAACCCUCACACAAACAAAAGGGCUUUUAUCUCAGAUUUUUCCGUGUUUCUCCAAAUGUAAAGAUAGAAAGACUAAAGCCAGAGAUCUGGCAGUUGCAAUUAGUGGGAAAGAGAAUUUUCAUGGGCACUGUAUCCUUGAAAUACCUCAUAACUUGAGUUUACAUAUUUUCCUAAUUUUUUCUAUUUUUCUUACUCACCUAGAGAAUUCUUCUUCAUAGAUUAUGAACUAUAGUUUCCACCACUUAGGAAAACAAAACCCUUCCUAAUUCAAAUAUUAUAAGCAUCCUUGGCCAAACCAAAAUAAAGAAAGAAAAGCAUCUACUAGUUGUGUGCACACAGCAGAGACAAGCUAAGGAAAUUAAAAUAUUUGAACACACAGAACAGAAAUAUGUUUUUUCUGUGUUAAGUCGCCUAUAAAAAUAAAAUUUUCGUAUUCUUUAUGAUCUUGAUGCUUUCAUUUUGGUAUGUAAACCCAAAGAUAGGAUCUAAACUGACAUUAUUUGUCCAUUUUUAACAACUUGGUACCUUUAGUAGAUCAUGGAGGGGUUUUUUUAAUUAUUAUUAUUAUUACAUUUGAAAAGGCCACCCAAAAGUGAAAGUGCUGGGGACUUUGGAAGCCCCUGGGUAAGUUCACAGGCUUGUGAGAACACAGUCUUUGGGUGCGCACUAAAGCAAAGUGCUCAGUCCCAAGAAACUUUUACAAAACGAUUUGCUGAAAAGACCUAAUUGCUACAAAUAGUCUCAAUCACAUAGAGAACCAUCUUCCACCAUACUUGCUACUGCCACUAACUUGGGAGGAAGCUUUUCUAGAAAAAAAAGACUGGAAGCAAGCUAAUUUAAUCAUACGUGGCUACUUUACAGUGUUUAUAGCUGAUGCAAAGAUGAUUUUAAGAAACUCACUUUAAUUUUAAAGAUUAUUUUAAGAAAGUCACGUGUAAACGUGAAAUAGAUGUUUACACCCCAGUAGGUGACAAAUACAACCUUUGAGGCAAAGAACAAACAGUCCAUCUCUCUUGCUGGCUUUAGUUCAUCCGUCUACCUGAAGACAGGCCCAAGUGCAUACUCGGGUUUCUUGCAGUUCAGAAUCAUCUCUGAUUCAACAAAACUGAGUUUCACUCCAUAUCUGAAUUAACAACCUUAAAGAAGACUACAGUGGUUAAAAAAGAGUAGAGAUCUGUUCCAUAAAUGAUUAAUGUACCCCUUUGGGGAGUAAUUUUUCAGAAAUAUGUGCCAUGAGUAAAACUAGAGAAUUCCACCUCUGAGUGAGGGUAGAUUUAUAUAUAUCCUGAAUCUAUAUAUAUCUUGAAUUCCUAUAUAUCUUGAAUCUAUAUAUGUCUUGAAUCUAUAUAUCUCAAAUAUGUAACUCUUGGAUACAUACAUAUGUAACUUGAAUAUAUGUAUACAUGCAUGUAUGUACAGGCAUACAUACAUGCAUGUAUAUAUAUAUAUGUGUGUGUGCAUAUAUAUAUAUAUAUAUACACACACACAUAUAUAAAUUUUUGGUUAUGUCUGUUUACCUGAACUGAUUUGAGAUCAGACUCAAACAUAUUCUUAAGCAUCUGGUGCCAAGGCACUGAAUUAAAAUUUCUUGAUGAACUAUUUUAAGUUAUUUCAAAUUAAAUUUUCUACGUACUGGAA